AUGCCUAAAGAAUCUCCGAAUUCUAGUGAUUCUGAGUUUGAUGAAUCGAACAUCAGCUAUGAUGUUGAACGUAGUGAAGGCGGUAGAGAUUCUGCACCAAAAGAUUGUUUGUGUCUAUCAUCAGCUGGUUGUGUAGUACUUUGGGCUUUUGUAGCUAUUGCUUUAACAAUGACACGAUUUGUAUUGAUUGGAGGAAUAGAGAAAGCUCCAAUACGAGAUAUUGUCCUAUGUGUUGCAUCGAUUGGAAUAUCAUUCGUGUACAUAAUUGGAUCGAUAUCCAAAAGUCGUAGUUUGUAUUUUUACGGUUUGGUCUUGGCUUUCUUGCACUUCCUGUAUGAUGCCUUGUAUGUUUUUGCCUAUGCUUCACUAUAUUUCAAAGGAAAACAGCCAAACUUCAUACUUCUAUCUGUCUUUAUAAUGUCUAUGCUAGUCCACAUAUUCAUCGGCGCCCUCUUCAUUCGAGCUCGAAGACGAUAA